UAUGUGUUUGUAUCGUUUAAAGUCAAGCAAACUAGGUGCAUGACUUUUGUGUGUUUCAUUGGCAGAUCAAGCUAGAGCCAUGGAAAAAGCCAUCGAGGAGGUGUAUCCCGAAUCCACGCAUCGUUGGUGCAAAUGGCACGUACCGAAGAAGGCCAAAGAAAACUUGGGUGCUCAUUACACCAAGAAGUCAGAUUUCAGGGCAGAAUUCCACAAGCUUGUUCAUGAGAUGCUGACUAUUGAUGAAUUCGAGGACGGCUGAGCAACACUUCUUGACAAAUAUUCACUGAAAACGAAUCCAUAUCUCACGCAGAUAUACGAGACUAGGGAGAAGUGGGCAAAACCUUACUUUGCCGAGAAAUUUUGUGCUCGCCAAACCAGCACUGGCAGGAGUGAGAGUGCAAACCAUAUGUUGAAGCAGUAUGUCCCCCCGUCAUGCUCCAUGAAUCUUUUUGUCAAGCAAUACAACAAGCUCCAAUUCGAUCGAGAACAGGAGGAAGGUUUCCAGGAGAAACGUACGAGAUUGAGUCGUGCUGUGCUGAAGGUGAAUACCGCUCUUGAAGUCCACGCGAGCAAGAUAUAUACGAGGAAGAUGUUUGAGAUUUUUGGGGGCAUACUGUAUGAAUCUAGAAGGUAUGAUGUCGAAGAAAUCAUAGAGAAGCAAAAGUACAUAGUGACACACCAGAAAGCUGAGCACCGUGAGAAGUGGUUCAUGUGCCGUUUUGAGGUUAACGUGUCGGAUAACCUUGGUUAUUUUUCGAGCAUCUGCGGCCUGUUUGAGCACAUGGGCAUGGUUUGUUGUCACUCGUUGCAGGUGAUGGUUUUGCUGCGUCUGAAGCAGAUACCUCCGAGGCACAUAUUGAAAAGGUGGAGCAUACACGGUAGAGACAACCUGCCGGGGCAUCUGAAGCACUAUCAACAAGACAUGGGUCAGCCGGAUGCGCCUACUUCCAGGCAUUCUGCUAUGUACAUCACUGCCCUGGAGGUUGGAAAUAUGGGCGACAGGAACCCGGCUGCUUUUGAGUUUAUGAUGUCAGGCCUGGUUGAACUUAGAACAAGAGGCGCUGAGGUAUGCGCGUUCAACGACGGACUGGGCGUCGUUGAGCAGCAGGUAUCCAACAAUGUAGUUGCUGGAGGUCCGAGGUCAAAGUAUGUCGACGGCAAGACAACUUGCUCAGUAAGAAGUGUGGAAGGCAAUCGCACCAAUUCACGUGAUGCCACGUUGGUGCCUGUGCAUCCUCCAAUGAAUCAGGCCUCAGAUUUCCCCGAAGCCGCGUCACGUCUAAUGCACAAUGAUGAACAAGAAUUGCUUGCACCAGAAAGAAACAACAAACGUGGCCGACCAACCACUAGCCGUGACAAAGCUCCUUAUGAGAAGGACAUCGCGAAAAGGUCUAGGUUCUAUUCCAUCUACAGGGGCAAAGGGCACAAAGCCAGUACUUGCCCUGAUCGAGGUGACAUGCCAAAAAAGGAAAGGAAGGUGGCCACAAGCGGCAAAUGCGGGGUUCCAGGCCACCGAAGGACGACUUGCAGCAAGCCACUCGUGUCGAUGAUGCCCGGAGUCCCUCCUUCACAUUAGAUGAUGAAUGUGCUACGCUGAUUCGCCCGUUUACCAUUUGGUUAUGUGUGGGUCAUGUUGACUGGACGUCUUUAGAUGCACAAUU